CUUCAAUACUUAUAAAAACAAACAAUAUAACUACCGUUUUUACUGUCCAAAAACGUCCGAAAUCUUAGCUAAACAGUUUUUCUUAGUCAUAUAAGUAUUUCUCUAAUUUGAUAUGGAUGUUUUGAACACAUAUUAUAACAAAGAUGAAUACGUUGAGACGGCAUCUGGGAACAAAGUCAGUCGACAGACCAUUCUUUGCGGCUCGCAAAACAUUGUUCUGCACGGCAAAGUGAUUGUCCAAAGUGGAGCCAUCAUUCGGGGCGACUUGGCUGCUGUUCGCACAGGCCGAUACUGUGUAAUUUCAAAGGGCUCGGUAGUACGGCCACCAUACAAGCAGUUUAGCAAAGGAGUGGCAUUUUUUCCUCUUCAAAUUGGAGAUCAUGUUUUUAUUGGAGAAGGUGCAAUCGUGUCAGCUGCUUCCAUAGGAUCCUACGUUUAUAUAGGAAAGAACGCAGUUGUGGGACGACGAUGUGUAUUGAAGGAUAACUGCGUCAUUGAAGACGGAGCCAUUCUUCCUCCGGAAACAACUGUGGCUAGUUAUAUGCGCUACACAGCUGAGGGCAAAAUCGAAGGCGGGCAGGGCAAUCCAGAUUUUGUCCCUCAUGCAAUGCAGGAUUUAAUGGUAGAAUACACCAAGUCUUAUUAUGAACAUUUCAUUCCGGCUAGCGGAGCAUGAAAUCAAUCAGUGUAAAUUAAGCAAGCGAAAGUAUUUAUAUAUUACUUUUAUUUAUUAAACGGAUCUUAUUGCAGCAGAUGGCUGUAAAAACAAACUA